AAAAAGAAAAAAAAACGCUCUUCCCCGUCGCCGCAGCCUCUUUUACACACACAAUGUCGUGCUUCAAAUCCAAAUUCGCCGAUGAGCUCAUCGCCAAUGCCGCUUACAUCGGUACUCCAGGAAAAGGUAUUCUCGCUGCUGAUGAAUCCAUUGGAACAAUCGGGAAACGUUUUGUAAGCAUUAACGUCGAGAACGUUGAAUCAAACAGACGUGCUCUUCGUGAGCUCUUGUUCACUACUCCUGGAGCUCUCCAAUACAUCAGUGGUAUCAUCCUCUUCGAAGAAACACUCUACCAAAAGACUGCUUCAGGGAAACUGUUUGUUGAUGUGAUGAAGGAAGCUGGAGUGCUUCCAGGUAUCAAAGUCGAUAAGGGAACCGUUGAGCUAGCUGGUACUAAUGGUGAAACCACAACCAUUGGUCUCGACGGGCUUGGUGACCGUUGCAAGAAAUACUAUGAAGCUGGUGCACGUUUCGCUAAGUGGCGUGCUGUUCUCAAAAUCGGAAAGGAAGAGCCUUCUGAGUUAGCUAUCCAUGAGAAUGCUUACGGUUUAGCUAGAUACGCAGUUAUUUGCCAAGAGAACGGUCUUGUCCCUAUUGUUGAACCAGAGAUUCUUGUUGAUGGAUCUCAUGAUAUUGAGAAAUGUGCUUCUGUUACGGAACGAGUCCUUGCGGCUUGUUACAAGGCUCUUAGUGAUCACCAUGUGAUCUUGGAAGGAACUCUCUUGAAACCAAACAUGGUUACUCCAGGUUCUGACAGUGGCUCCAAGGUUAAACCUGAAGUGAUCGCCGCUGUUGAUUUUUGCUAUAUAGGGAAACUGUUUGUUGAUGUGAUGAAGGAAGCUGGAGUGCUUCCAGGUAUCAAAGUCGAUAAGGGAACCGUUGAGCUAGCUGGUACUAAUGGUGAAACCACAACCAUUGGUCUUGACGGGCUUGGUGACCGUUGCAAGAAAUACUAUGAAGCUGGUGCACGUUUCGCUAAGUGGCGUGCUGUUCUCAAAAUCGGAAAGGAAGAGCCUUCUGAGUUAGCUAUCCAUGAGAAUGCUUACGGUUUAGCUAGAUACGCAGUUAUUUGCCAAGAGAACGGUCUUGUCCCUAUUGUUGAACCAGAGAUUCUUGUUGAUGGAUCUCAUGAUAUUGAGAAAUGUGCUUCUGUUACGGAACGAGUCCUUGCGGCUUGUUACAAGGCUCUUAGUGAUCACCAUGUGAUCUUGGAAGGAACUCUCUUGAAACCAAACAUGGUUACUCCAGGUUCUGACAGUGGCUCCAAGGUUAAACCUGAAGUGAUCGCCGCGCACACGGUUCGUGCUUUACAACGGACGGUUCCUGCAGCGGUUCCGGCUGUUGUGUUCUUGUCUGGAGGACAGAGUGAGGAAGAAGCAACUGUGAAUCUAAACGCUAUUAAUCAGCUAAAAGGUAAGAAACCAUGGAGCUUGACGUUUUCGUAUGGACGUGCGCUUCAACAGAGUACCCUUAAGGCUUGGGGAGGUAAAGAAGAGAAUGUGGACAAGGCUCAAAAGGCGUUCUUGGCUCGAGCUAAGGCUAACUCUGAAGCAACCCUUGGUGCCUACAAGGGUGACGCUCAGCUAGGUGAUGGUGCUUCCGAGAGCCUUCACGUCAAAGACUACAAAUACUAAAUGGUCAAUUACGGAAUUUUUGGAAAUUUUGGUUUUACUGUUCUAAUUAUAAUGUGACGGUGUAAAUUAUUAGAUAUUGUUUUAAAUAUAUAUAUAUAUAUAUAUAUAUAUAUAUCUUGGGCAUAUGAUAUUAGCCGGCAAUAUGUUAAGUAUUUAUGAUAAAACCCUUUCUCGUGGGGAAAUUUGGUUGUAAAUAUUCAAAAAAGGAUGUUAAACAUCUAAUAAA